AUGUCCAAAAAAGUAGCAAUAAUCGGCGCCGGUCCCUCAGGUCUAGUCACAGCCAAAACCCUGCUUCAUAAUUUCCCACCCGGGUCAUUCUCUCCAAUCAUCUUCGACAGCCAGAACAAAGUCGGGGGUCUGUGGUCAAACCAUCCUUCGCCCAAUCGGGUCAAUGGCCCCCCGGUUACACUAGACCCUCGAAUGCGGACCAACCUCAGCCGCUUCACGGUUGCUUUUUCAGAUCUUGCCUGGGAGUCUGUGAUUCCCGACUCGGAUAUUCCGGUUUUCCCUCGGGCGACACAGGUUGGAGAGUACUUGGCCUGUUAUGCAGAGCGCUAUGUUCCAACCCAUGUGCUUAGGCUGGGGUGUAAAGUGAUAAGAAUUAUACGGAAGGUUGAGGGUGGUGAUGUGAAAUGGAAUGUUCAGUGGGUUCAGAAGAGUGCGGAGAAAACUCAUCCGGAAGAAUUACUGGAUGAUGGAGUGUCCUCGGAAGACUUCGACCUGAUUGUCAUUGCAUCCGGAUACUUUGCCCAGCAGUAUAUUCCAAAUAUACCUGGUCUAGACCAAUUCCAAGGCCAAAUCAUCCACAGCUCUUCGCUCCAUCAUGAACGAGAGCAGCUGCUUUUUAAUAACAAAGAUGCGAAUGGUCGGGUUGUUGUCAUUGGCGGCAGCAUGUCAGGCGUCGAAGCUGCAUCUGCCGUGGCUCUCCACCAAUCCUCAUCUGCACUUUCCACAAACGGAAUCCCACAUACCCAAGAGAGGAAAGUGCAUCAUGUACAUUCAAGACCCUUCUGGACGUUACCGACUUAUCUCCCCCACGAGUCUCCCGACGGGAGUCCAUCGUUUUUACCGUUGGACCUGGCCAUGUAUGACCUGGGCCGCCGACCGCCGGGUCCAAUAGAAUACACCUUGGGUCCGAUCCCAGAGGAAAGAGCGGUCAAAAUGAGCAGUUACUUCCACUCCUUGCUUGGCAGUGACUAUGAGAAAUACGCGCACAUGCACAUACCGCUUGACCCCGAACAGUCCAGACCCCAGCCACCAUGGGUCGCCAUAGGCAAUGAUUACGCCGAGUUCGUCCGAUGUGGAGCGAUUCAAACAUCGAUGGGCCGGGUGACUUCUAUACAUUCUGAUCCGGAUACUAAACAAGCUUCAGUUCAGUACGAAGGGCCCGAUGGUGCCACCAAGACGAUAGAGAAUGUGGCAGCGAUAAUCAUGGCCACUGGAUUCACACCAUACAAGUCCCUUUCCUUGCUACCGGAUGAAGUGUUGGCGACCCUUGAAUACUCCAAGACAGAUCCCUUCUCGCCGUUGAUUCUCGACAAGGGAGGCACCGUCCGCUCUGAAAUCCCCGAUGUCGGAUUCGUCGGCUUCUACCGCGGCCCGUACUGGGGCGUGAUGGAGAUGCAAGCGCGGUUCCUCGGAAAACUAUGGAGUGGGGAGAACAACAGUGCGAUCUGCGAAACAGAUGACCAGAAGCAAAGCCUUCGCAGUCUCAGAUUGGCACACCCGGAUCUAGCCCGUGGUCAGUUCCCCAUGGCCGACUAUGUCGGAUUGAUGGAGUCGUUUGCCAUGGAUCUGGAUAUUAGUCGUUCGGGAUUGCAAACAGGCGACAACAGGUCUGGACCUGCUGUUCCAGCGAGGUAUCUCUAUGGCGAUAUUCCAACAGACACUGAGGUGGAGAGGACACUGAGUGCUUUGCGCGACGCUCUUGUCCCCAAUCACGAGGUAGCACAGAAGGCCGCAGCGUUGGCUAUAUUUCGGGCUCUGCAUGGGACUUGGAAGUUUUCCAAGCAAACAGCAGGUGGUACCAGACGCGAAACAUCUGGGACUCUAGCUUUUUACCCGCGGUACCCCACUAGCCCGGUGUAUGACAGGGAGUAUGUCUUUGUGGAGACAUAUGUGGACUCGACCGGGCGGGAACAGCCUAUACAAGACAAUACCCGGUUCAUGCGUUUAGCAGAAGCGGGAUUUGAUAUUGCCACUUCCCGAAUUGAGAUCUGGUCAUCGGGCUUGACCGAUAAGCUGUCAGCUGAUCAACUUACCCAAGUUUGGGAGUUGACGCCUCUCCGCGGAGAGGAAAUCGAUGGGGAGACUAUUCCUGGGGAGUAUGUGAUAUCCGCCAAGGGCAUUGAUUUGGGUUCUGGAGUCGAAUAUCUGUACACUUUUCAUUUCAAGGGAGUUUCCAUCUUGUCCUGGGAAUGUGUUGAGGAUGAUUUGGAUGAUAAUAUUGGUGUAAGAAGCAAAGGGAAUUCCUAUUACUACGUAAGAGAUUGA